GUAUCGUGCUCAGUAACGCUAGGGAAUAUCCUGCAGCUCUAAAUCCUGCCUUCCUCGCUCAAGCCCCCACCGCUGGACACGAUGGCCACCAUCGUCCCCGUCGUUGAGGAGGGCAAGCUCAUCAGCGAAGCCCUUAAUACCGUCAAGAUACAGGUCCAGCAAAUGAAGAGACACUUGGACAGCGACGACAUUAUGGACGCAUUGAAGAGCGCAAGUCUCAUGCUUGCAGAAUUGCGCACCUCUUCGUUGUCACCCAAACAGUAUUAUGAACUCUAUAUGGCAGUUUUUGAUGCUCUUCGUCAUCUUUCCAAUUACCUCUAUGAUGCUCACACACAAUCCCGACAUCACCUCGCAGACCUGUACGAACUGGUCCAGUACGCCGGAAACAUCAUACCCCGUCUCUAUCUCAUGAUCACCGUCGGUUCCGUCUACAUGUCUAUUCCGGAGGCACCCGUCAAGGAAAUAAUGAAGGAUAUGAUGGAAAUGUCGCGUGGAAUUCUUCAUCCCAUUCGUGGUCUCUUUUUGAGGCACUACCUUAGCGGGCAGACAAGAGACCAUCUUCCCAUCGGUACAGACAACGGACCUGCCGGCAACCUCCAGGACUCUAUCAAUUUUGUUCUCACCAACUUUGUUGAGAUGAACAAACUUUGGGUUCGUCUUCAACAUCAAGGUCACUCACGCGACCGCGAAAAGCGGGAAUUGGAGAGGAAGGAGCUGCGUAUCCUCGUCGGGACAAACCUCGUCCGCCUUAGCCAGCUGGAUGGAGUAGACCUAGAUAUGUACCAGCAGUUGAUCCUUCCCAGCAUUCUGGAACAAGUUGUCAAUUGUAAGGACGUGAUAGCACAGGAGUAUCUUAUGGAAGUCGUUAUUCAGGUCUUUACGGACGAAUUUCACCUCCACACACUCGGCCCAUUCCUUUCCGCCACGGCUCAAUUACACUCCAAAGUUAAUAUCAAACAGAUCGUCAUUGCGCUUAUAGAUCGACUUGCUGCCUAUGCAGCUCGCGAAGCCGAGAACGAAGAUCCCGAUGAAACAAAGCAACAGGAGGAGGCCGCGGCUAAGCGGCUUGCUGAGAAAGUCAAGACACAAAAGCUGCGUGCGCGGGAAAGUGGUAACGCAGUAGUCGCUGAUGUUACCCAUGACGGGGAUGCAUGGGGCGCACCACACAGCCCAGUAGUUGCUACGGAGAAACAAAUGUCCGCACUAAGCAUGAACGGGACAAAUGGGACGUCAGAGGAUAUGACAGAGAAGGGGAAAGAGAAGGAAGCUUUGCCUGUAAAGAAAUUCCGAGGUGUCCCAGAAAAUGUACAACUAUUUGAGGUGUUCUGGACUCAGGUAGUCGAGCUAAUCAAGGCCCGACCUGACCUCUCAAUACAAGAUAUCACAGCGCUGUUGGUGUCACUUACCAACUUAUCUCUGAGCUGUUAUCCAGAUAGACUUGAAUAUGUGGAUCAAGUGCUCAACUUCGCGCACGAUAAAAUUAAAGAGUUCGGAGAAAGUCCGGACCUCCACGCCCCACAAACAACAAGUAAUCUCGCCGCUUUACUCGUUGCGCCCAUCAACUCUUACCAGUCUGUCCUUACCCUACUUGCCAUACCAAGAUAUGUGCCUCUCCUUACGCAACAACUUUUCUCGACUCGCCGCUCGAUAGCACAUUCUAUUAUCUCUUCGGUUCUCAAAAAUGAGACCAUUAUCGAAGCACCCGAAGACGUCAACGGGGUACUGGAGCUAUGUCAUGUUCUUAUUAAAGACCAGUCAGAUUCAGCUGCUGGCUCCGCAGCGGCAAGUUUAAGCGGAGGCGCGAAGGAGACGCGCAGACAGGGACCCUAUCAUCUGGAAAGGGAGGAUCUGGCGGAGGAACAGGGGUGGGUUGCACGUAUGGUGCAUCUAUUCAGAGCAGAGUCGCUAGAUGUUCAGUUUGAGCUACUUCAAAUGGCCCGCAAACAUUUCGAAGCAGGAGGUGAACGAAUGCGGUAUACAUUCCCCGCCCUCAUUACAUCAAGUAUCAAGCUGUGUAGGCGUUAUAAGCAACGUGAACAUUUAGAAGACGACUGGGAGACGAAAGUAUCAGCAAUUAUCAAAUUUGUCCGGCAAUUAAUUUCUAUACUCUCUACCCAAGUUGAAGCCCCUUCCAUUGCGCUUCGCCUCUUCCUCCUUGCAGCUCAGAUCUCAGACGAGUGUGGGUUUGAAGAUCUCACUUACGAUCUGUAUGUGCAAGCCUUCACGGUAUAUGAAGACAGCAUCUCGGAGAGCCGUGCCCAACUACAAGCUAUAACUCUCAUCAUUGGCACGCUUCAGGGUGCGCGGGUAUUUGGGGUGGAUAACUAUGACACCUUGAUUACCAAAGCCGCAUUACAUGGCGCGAAAUUGCUCAAGAAACCUCACCAGGCUACUGCUGUUCAUUUGGCAAGUCAUCUUUGGUGGCAGGAAGCAAUAAUCGAGGAGGAUAGCCCGAAAGAAGCGGAGAAACCGAUGUCGAAGGAGGAAGGUGAUAGUGCCAAGGCUUAUCCCCAUCAAGAUAGCAAACGCGUGCUCGAGUGUUUGCAGAAGUCGCUACGAAUUGCGAACUCCGCUAUCGAAGAGAUUGUAACAAUCCAGCUGUACUGUGACACACUCGAUCAAUAUCUGUAUUACCUUGAUCGUGGAGCUCCUGCUGUGGCUCCUAAAUUUGUUAACAGCCUUGUCGAACUAAUAACCUCCAGUAUCGAUAACAUCUCCUCGCCGGAUGUCCAUCCGUCUCAGCGUGCACCUCCAGGGUUGAUCGAGGGCGUGCAGACACCUGAGAUGAUAACGCGACACUUCCGGAAUACGCUAUACUAUAUCCAGACCAAGAAGAAUUCGAACGAAGCUCGAUGGGACAACGUUGAUGUUGUAGGUGCACUCCUCAAGAUGGGUAUCGGGCGGUGAUGAUGGUCGUGUAGCAGUUUUUACGUACAGAUUGAUUCACUAACUGGUGUAUUGUUCGCCCCACUUAUGUAUUCUCGCUCCGUACGUGUCUGGCAUGCAUAGUAAUUCUUGUAUAUAAUACCCUCACUUAUUCAUUUGGUGGGAUUAUCUG